AUGGCAGAUCAAACGCGGUACAAUCCCCGCAUUAGGCGCCUCCCACGCUUUCCUCCCGCCGUAGCCGCCGCCCGUCAUGACAACCAUCGUUACACCCGACUGAAUCCUAAUCUCAACACGGUCAAAGUCAUAGGGUCGAGAGAUUCAUCCGGGCCUCGGCGGUGCAAUGCCACCCCCUGUUGUUUUGAGACGUCUCUCGACACGAUCAAAGUCAUAGGGUCGAGAGGUUCAUCCGAUGACUUUGAUCCUAUGGCGGCGCAAUGUCACCCCCUGUUGCUGGCCCGCUCUCACCCUCCCCACCCCUGCUCCCUUCCGACGCGGGACGCUGGCGCCCCUGCCGCUGCUGCGUCUCCCUCCGCAUUCGCCCCACCGUUUCCGAGACGAGACGCGAGCUACCGUAGAGUCGUGACUGUCCACUCACCCUCCACACCGUACCCUCCCUCCCUCCCUGCUGGUGGAACCAUUGGAGCUACUGUGAAGGAGUGCAACCUGUGUGUAUUAACAUUCUCUGUUGAAGACAAUCACUUUGUGAUUGUUCUUGCCUUAUCCACUGCGGUGGUAAGGAUAUUUUGCAACAGAGGUGUUUUUCACAUUGCUGUGGUUGCUGAACUGGAAGCUUGUGUGCAGAAGAUUGAUCUGAACAAUAUGGAUGAGGAAAUGGAUGACAAAGAACCUGCUGGAAACUCAUCUGCUAAGGACCCUGCAGCUGCUGAAAAUUCCAAGGAACAGGAAAGGGAGUCUCAGGGGGAUGACAUUGAGCUGGAGGGCGAAGAGGAUAUUCUGCAUGCUGAAAUUGCUAAGCUGCAGGAUCACGCUGCUGAGCAGGAUACGCGCAUCCAGCAGCAGCAGUCUCUCAUCUCCACGCUCAGGGGGGAGCUCUCUGACCAGGACAACAAAAUCAAGUACCUGGAAGUUGAGCUCAAGAACAUGAAGCACGAUGCGCGGGAGCAAGGUCACCAGCUGGCGCGGCAGACCUCAAAGAUCAACGAUCUGCGCGAGGCUUUCAACGCCCUUCGGAGGGAGACCAUGUAUCGCCCUGCACCGCGAGCGGACCCGCCCGCCAACUCUGCUAGCGGUCGCACCAACCCUUCUCGCUCUGGUGGUGCAGUGGGUGACCCCGGUCCUUCUACGCAGCGCGCUGCUGAGCCGAGCACGCAGGCCUUUGGCUCUCUGCAAUUUCCAUGCUUAUGCCAAAACCACUACCCAGCCGCAGCAGACUUCAAGGCCGUCGUCUAG